UGUUCUGUACUAGCUGCCAGUGAUCUAUCAUUUUCCGUUUCAUUUUUCAUUCAUCGAAUAUCUAUUUGUAUACCAACAACAGAUGUUGGCAAGCAAAUCUGCUGUUACAUCCAAGCACGUAAACGCGAAAUUUCAGGUUGAUUCUGCUUAAAGACGUAGGAGAUGGCCGCUAACAGCAGCUCUGACGAAAGUUGCAUGGCCCCCAAAGACUUCCACAUAUCCACUUCUACGGACAGUGGCAGUCGUCUGAGUCCGAACCGACAGAGAUGCCCUUUGUGUAGGAGGUUCAGGAAGACGUUCUAUUGCAAAGACUGCAUCCACAGCGGGCUGUUCUAUUCUUCCAGGUUUAGAGCUACUGAAUCGUAUAUUGAUAAACAAAAAGCAUUAUUAGAAUUAGAAGAUAGCAAGAAAACCUUUGAGCAAAAAUGCCUCAAAUUGUUAGAGAAUAAGCUAAAAUGUGAUAUGUUGCACUCAAAAAUUAGGCAAGCUAGGGAUAGAAAUAGAAACCUAAAGGUAGCAGUAGAGGAGAAAAAACAAAUGAAAACCACGAACACUGCACGUUUAGUUGAAUUGAAGGAGAAAAAUGAGAAGAGAAACAAGAGCUUGCCUAAAUAUAACCUUAAGGUACAAGAGUUGGAGGAUUUUAUUUCUGUCAAAAGAGAAAAAGUGGAGACGUUCAAAGAAACACAUAAACAGAAGCAAGAGGAUUCUAAAAAAAUUGUUAGACUGAGGAUUCAGCAGUUGUUCAAGUUUAUCUUUCCAAUAUCUGUUGUUGUUAAACCUGCUACUCCUACCAUAGAAACAAAGUCGUCCAGAGAUGCUACAGUGAGUGCUCUGAUAGAAGCUUCUAGAACCACAUUUGUCAGAGAUAGGUGGGAAUAUGCAGAUUAUAAUGGUGACAUAAAUUACUGUAUAGCUGGUCCUACAUUGCCAGCCUCAGGAAAUUAUUCUGCCUACAAUACUUGGGUUGCCGAGAACCAAGACGCUGUCCCAAGCUCAAACACCUUAAUUUCUGUUGAAUCCAACCCUGCUUUUAACAUAAGUGCUGCUCUAACGUAUACAGCUCAGCUAGUUAGCAUAUUGUCAUUCUAUCUGAAUGUCCGCCUGCCUUACAAGAUGGUCUACAGCGAUUUUUGUUCGGACUACAUGAACGAGCAACAGUUUGCUAGAAGAAGUGCAAGAUUGAACGCCAAUAUUUUGUACCUGUGCUUCUCGCAAAACGUCGACUUGUGUUCUUUGAGGUCUUACGAGACGAUCCACAAUAUUUUGCAGUUGAUAAAGGACGAAAACGCCGAUCUCGGAAGGCAAGGACCAAUGGAGUAUGCCGUACAUCAAGCCAGUGCUUUAGAGCAGCAGCUCACAGGCAAUCUGAAGAUGGGUGAAGAUUCAGAUUCUGAAGAGGGCGAUUCAUUCCCGGUGGAAUGGGAAGCGGUACCCCACGUGCAAUGCCCCGAACUGCCCCCCGGUCCGUUGCUGGUGCCCCCACAAAGCCCUCAGAUGACGAGUACGCAACAAGCCAGCAGCAUGGCCGGCGGUCUCGUGAACAGCGCUGCGGCCAGCAUCGCCUCAUUCUGGCGGGGAUUCACGGGCAGGUAGUGCCCGCUCAGGCGCGGGGACUCCACGACGGUGUCUCUCAGGCGUAAACUGCUCUUCGGCAAUCUGGCAACGCCGGUGGUGGGCGCCAGGCGCGCCUAUUCGGUCAAGUGGUAGCGGAAAUAACGGGGAAAGGGAGGGUUCGUUUGUUAUUCGAAUGGGGAACUUGGACGACCUGAUCAGACUUUCACUAGGACAUUGAUUUACAUCAUGUAAACUAAACUCAGAGCGAAACAGACGCCGUGCAAUAGUGCACGAAUCUCCAUUUUUGUAAUAAGCCGAAACGCUCCAUGGCGACUAAAUUUCCGAGCACCAAGCUAUUUAUCCCCACUACUCGUGUCCCGCCCCGCGAGGCUGUCACCAGUAAUGCGGUCUUUCUGGUCCACCCUGUAUUAACAUUCCUUCGUAAUAAAACAUACCCCACCCGAUUCAUCCAGUUAUGUUGUGUCUAACAUAAAAUAGCUUUUUCGCAAUUUUUAGAGGUAUCGUAAAAUGUCGGUUCCCCAUUCUUAAGCUCCGAAUUAUGGGUUAGGCAUAUUGAAAAGGUAUCUCAUAAAAGUGUACCCUAUUUCACGAGUAUCCGUCACGCUUUGACGUCUACUGAGGUGAACAGCUGAUCAGCAAGUUAUACUCUGCAACGUUGGCAAUAAUGAAUCGGGUAUAAAUCUAGCAUAACUUGUUGCGUUUUGUUUUUUGUAUGCAAAUGAAAUUUUGCUUUUAGCGAGUACAAAAUGAAUCUGUAGCAUACAAAAUACGGCUCCGACUACCUGGCAUUGACGGAUCCGUCAGAAUUAUGUGCCCUGUGCAGAUAUGGGGAAUUUUGAGAUAUUACUAGAUAAUCAGCUGCCAUUCUACCGUGAAGAUACUCGUGAAAUAGGGUAUAUGCAGAUACGAAUUGUAUAUUCUAUGGAUAAUUUAGAAUGGUUCAGGAAUGUGAUCCUGAUAUCGAGAUUGUAUAUCUAUUGUUGGUAUAUGUAUGAGUAUAUAAAGUAGUGAAAACGAAUUUUAUGUAUAUGUUCUGUAUCUUUACAUAUUUCACUUCGCUUAACCGUUCUUGCUUAGAUGAGCCUAACUGUUUUCAUAGUAGAUGCAGAAAGUCUUCAGAGCUCUCAAAAUAAAUAACAUUUGCUAUUCGACUCAUAUGCGCAAGUUUAGAGCAAUUUUACAAAAAUUACUAAUUUUUCAAUAGCAGGACAAAACUAAACUGUAUAAGAUGAUAUAUUAAACAAUUCGAAUAUAGUUUGUCCAUUGAAUCAAAGCGGUCACGUCACAACGUCAAAUAAUAACACAUGGUUGCCACAUUAAUUAAAACUACUAGAUGCUAGGGCGUUUUACAAAAUCUACUCUGUCUUCCAUGCCUAAUAUCUCUCUUACGGACUGUAAAGGCAAUAAUGGAGCUUGUUCUCAAUAUUUCGUCAAGGAAUUGACGAAUUCUGUUGCUUGCUGACCCAGAGGUUUCGGCAUUUUAGCAAAAUGCUUGAAAUGGUACCUUAAAGUUUAGAAAAAAUCUGUUUUUAAUAACAAUGCAAACAUUGAGGCAAAAGACAGAAAACUGUUACCAACAUAAAUGUACUCGCGAAAUUCAAACUAUACGUACCAAUCUAGGAUCUAUUUUGUAUCAAGGUUGACAUUCAAAUUCACUGAAUAUGACGUAACUGCUUUGUUUUAGUGAAUAAACUAUAUAACUGUCAUAAGACUUUUUGUUGAUAUAUCCUAAAUAUCAUCGCUAUUUGUCAUAUUCUAAUACUAUACAGCAUGAUGAAUGUUUUAUAUGUUUGUUUUUAAGAGAAAAUGCUACAAAAUGAUACACUGCCAUUCUAAUCCAUAAAAAAUGAUAUCGGAUUGGAUCAUUUCUUUGCACAUUUGGAUAUUUCAAUUUUUAGUGCCAUAGUGAUUGUCAGACUUUCUGUAGAUUCACACAUAGAAUUGCCAAUGGGAGUACAGAAAAUAUGGCUUUGUACAGGGUGUCCAGUGGGAAAGUUCACUUUUUGAUUUAAAAAAAAGGUACAAACUUAAUGAAAAGAAAAUAUUUCAAGACCUCUCCCCACUUCCACACGUAUACGUUUGCUAUGUAAAUAAAAUUUGAACUUUUCCAUUGGACACUCAGUAUAUGUUAAGACUAGAUAUAUUUUAAUCUGGUGAUAAAACGUUUCUAAAUGAUUGACUUCCGGUUCCACGUUUUUAGUUUUAAGCCGAUUCCAUAAUUUCUGUGCUUAGUUUUUUGCUAACGAGCAGUUUAUGUUUAUCAAAGAUUUUACCAAUUGAAAUGUAGUUCAUGGUUAUGUAUGUAUAUAUUUAAACAUAUAAUUAUUUGGGAUGUGC